AUGAAAGGCGUGGAAAAUUUGGUCCGAGUUAAUGAUGAAGACAACAAAACAAAGACCAAUACAACCUCUACGGUAAAGCCUAUAGUUAACAAGUUUACAAGUUUUGAACUUGAGAAUAGCACUGCAAGUUGGACAAACCAAGUGGAAAAUAAGCAAAAAUAUCAAACAGAAACUCUCAAAACUUCUUUGAUCUCAAGAGAAACACAUAACAACAAUAAAAACUUGGAAAACAACAAGCAUAUAAAAGACACAGAACAUGUGUCGAAUGAUGAAAACAACAAACAGGUACCUGAUAACAAGCAUGUUCUCAAAAGGGAAACAAAACAAUGA